GUUUAUAGGCAAGAGGGAUGAGUGAAGGGGGAAGAUGCUCACGAAGGGAACUGAAUUUUCUGCGGGCAAUACAGUUCCAUUGCUAAAUUUUUCCUCUUUUUGACAUUUGUUCCUAGAAAAUGUAAAAGUGGAACGUGAUUGGGCACAACAGUGUGUAACCACCGCAAGUGAUUUUUCAAUCGAUUGAAAAACCACUUUGUAGCCAGGCACUAAAAGAACGCACUUCCAAAAGAGACUUUUAUCUUUAAAUCCAGUAUCUUUGGCACUGAUAAAACAAAUUGACAGACUUCAAUUUCAGAAUUUGUUAAUCUUUGUUUUCAUUUUGUGUUAAAUUAUUAUUCGAUGAGCUUGUGGUUAUAAUUGUAAAGAGAUAAUCAACAACAAAUAAAAUUAAUAAAAAAUGUCUGUAAGAGAUCAUAAAUUUUGGAAAGAAUUUUUCGAUGUAUAUCGACGAUAUCCAGAAUUAUGGAAAGUUAAAAGUGAUGCAUAUAAAAAUAGAAUGCUCAAACGUAGGGCAUAUGGAAUUCUAUUAGAAAAAUACAGAGAAUAUGAGCCUGAUGCAACAGAAGAUGUGCUUAAAAAGAAAAUAAAUAACAUUCGUGGUUGCUAUCGUCGUGAAUUAAACAAAGUCAAUAGAAGCUACGAAUCUGGUUGCGCCACUGAAGACAUUUACAAACCAACUUUGUGGUAUUUUAAUGAUCUGAAUUUUCUAAGAGAUCAAGAAGAAAACCAAAUUGACAGUGAAAUUACAUCUCUCGAAAUUGAGGCAAAUUUUGUCGAUUCAGAAUGUACAAAUAUAUUACAGGCAUUAGACAAUUCCGAGGACCUAGAAGAUCCUGUUGCUAUAGGAGGGGAUAUAAAACAUUUAAAUAAGUCUUACCCCAGAACUAGGUUUGCAACGUCUACAAUUGAAAAACCAAAACCAGCAUCAAAAAGUCUUGCGACUGAAAAAGCCAUAGCAGAUUUAAAAGUUAUUUGUAAAGCACUGACUCAACCUCCAGACGAAGAACAAAAUGAGUUUGAAUGCUUUGGAAUGUCUAUAGCUUCUCAAUUGAAAAAACUUCCAGAAAAAAAAGCUCAGGAAUCAAUGGAUUUUAUCCAAUCGUAUUUAGUAAGACAACGACUUAAUAGUGUUGAAAAUCCAUGCUUUGAACUAACAAGAAAUUCAAAAAGAAUGAGGUCUGAGAUUUCAGACUCCAUUUCACAGGUUGAUAGCCAAGAUAAAAGAUUAAAUGAUGAAAUCUAUAAAAUGAGCAAACGAUUGAAAGAAAAAGAAAUGGAAUUUAUAGAACGGGAGCAUAACGAAAGAUUACACAUUUUAAAUAUGGAAAAGAGAAACUUGGAAAACAGGUUAAAGUAUGAUGAGGCCGAGCACAUACUUAAAGUUCAACAGUUGUCAACAUUAAUAAAAGAAUAACUAUAAGCUAGAUUUAAGAUUUUUUUUAGUUAUUCUUAUGUUUUUAUUAUUACCUUUAAUAAAGGUAUUAAAGAGUAAAUUUGUUUAAAU